AGCGCCACAGCCGCAGCCGUCAGCUUGCAUGCGUCCCUCCUCGCGCCAGCGGGUGGCCGCCUGGCUGCUCGCGCUGCCGUUGGGGAGAGGUGGAGAGGAAUGCGCGCGCCGCGGCCGCCUGGAGAUGAUCUCGUUUUGGCUGCUGUGCUGGAAGCUGUUGAGAGCAACAGCUGGGCUAAGGAGGACAACACCUGAGCUAACGGACGGUAACCACGACAACAGUAGCUCCGGAAACGAUAACCCUGUCAACGACUCUCCCACUCCUGUACAGCCAACAGAUCCAGUUACCAUGGAGAUCAGCUCAUCACCACCACUAACAGACCUGGAGAGAGAAAACUUGGUCAGCUGGCGAAGCCAGGAAGUAGGGGAGCUCCAUUACCCAGAGGUCCAUGGGGUGCAGCAACCUAUCGGGGACAAGCAGGAGGAAGAGGAGACUGCAGAUAAAGAAAACGGAAAAAGAGAUGGAGAUGAGUGUGACUAUCUUGUUUUUGAGAUAGGAGAGAAGAAGGGAGAGGGAAAAGGAGAUGAAAGUGAAGGAGGACAAGACACAGAGAGAGGAGGAGAGGAGGGAGAAGAUGGAGAAGGAAUAGAAAUAGAUGGAAAAGAGGAUGGGAGUGGAGAAACAGAAAGGGAAGAUGGAGGAAGAGAAAACACAAAGGAAGAGAAUGGAUGGCUAGAAGAGACAGUAGGAGAGGUGAAAGAUGAUAGUCUGUCAGAGCUCCUCUUCAUCUCCGACAGCUCAGUGUGUCCUUCAUCGUCAGAGCCGCUGACUGUCACCUCCCAGCCUUCAGAGCAGCCCGCAGCAGGUGUGCUGCACGACACCUGGGGUCACGACCUCAGCAACAGAGACGAUCUGAGCGACACUCACCUCAGCGACUGUCUCCAGGCCGAGCUGGCCAUCGUGAAGAAGCAGGUGGAGAGAUUCAUGACAGCAUCUGUGAUGGAGAGAAUGAGGAAAGAGGAGGAGAAGAUCAGGAGAAAGGGGAACAAGAGAAGGAGGAAGUAG